GGAGCACGUGAACGCAGCGCCAGUGUUGGGGCUCUGGAUUGAGGACGUAGCACAGACACAGCUUCAUCUACUUCAGGGCACCGACGCUUACACCACAGGAGGUUGUUUAUCCACGGCUGUUGUUUUAUCCUAACAAACAUCAUAAUGGACGGACAUGUUUGCAACAUCCAGGUGCUUCUCCGGGCUGCUGAGUUCCUGGAGAGGAGAGAGCGGGAGGCAGAACAUGGAUAUGCUUCCCUCCUGCCCAUCAGUCCAGAUCACUCUGACAAAAGAAACAAACAGAAGAGCAAGAAGAUCUCUGCAGCUGGUGGCAAUAGGUCAGUUCACAACGAGCUGGAGAAAAACAGGCGAGCUCAGCUGAGGCACUGCCUGGAGCAGCUCAAGAAGCAAGUUCCUCUGUCGUCUGACUCGAUGAGGAACACCACGCUCAACCUGCUGAGACGAGCCCAACUUCACAUAAAGAAGCUGCAGGAGCAGGACGAGCGUGCGGAGCAGCUGAAGGGCCGCCUACGCUGGGAGCAAAGAGAGCUGCGGGUUCGGCUGGAGCAGCUGCAGAGAGGAACGGAGAGGAUGAGGAACGACAGUCAGGGGUCCACCAUGUCGUCCGAGAGGUCGGACUCCGACAGAGAGGACGUAGAGGUCGACGUGGAAAGCAUCGUGUUCGACUGUGUGGACUCUGACGGACUGAGCAUUACGCACACAGGUGCAGACCACUGUUACUCCAGCAUGGACAAAGCCUGGCUAUGACAGCAUCAAACCUACGGUAACUCAUUAAAUGUCACCUGGAACAUUACGAGGAGGAAAACAUUCCAAAAACAAAACAAAACAAACAAAAAAAAAAAAGCCAGCGGAGGAAGAGGGAGAAUGGAGGAAGAUGUUACUGUACAACUGAACACGUUUUUUCUCCCAGAGGAAGUAACUUGACAUUCUCUUUUCAACAUACGUCAGACAACAAGCUAAACGAUAACGUCAUGAAUGAGCUGUGUCCAUUUGCACUGAAUAGCAGUUAAAAUCACUGGGCUGGGAUGGAUGUAACAUUACGCAUGUAUGUAUUUUCUGGCAUCAACCGUUGGUGGCAUUUCUUUGCGAAGCUGCAGGGUGUCUGUUACUCACAAUGACUCAAACAGUUCUUCUCAUUCAUCUUUAAGGGCUUUUAAAAAUCCAAAUAAGGGCUUUUUUUUUAAUUCAAACCUCUUAACUUAUUCUUUACUACAGUAUGUCUACGCUGAAUUCUGCCUUAAAUCAGAUUUGGUCUAGUAUUCCAGACAGCUUUUUCCUUUAGCACUAAGUCCAUAUGUCACGUGUAACACGCACUUAAACAUUUAAUCUGUGUUUAUUAUUGUUCUUUUAUGUAACUUCAGUAAUGUAUUUUUCUUCUGUUGCACAAAACGUCCACACGUAGCACUUGUCGUGUUUCAAAAAGAUCGUGGGUAUAUCAAAAUGAAAACAGUGAACUGAAAUUAACUGGUCAUAUUUGCACAUUGAUACCUGGCAGUUAAUAUACUCUGACAAAUAUUCAUUUAGUUGUUUUUUUUUUCCUUUACACAACUCAGUCUGUGAUUAAGUGCAAGAACUUUGAUGCCUAAAAUGUGAGUGCAUGUGGAGAUUGGCACGAUGACAUCCAGUUUUAUUCACUGCUAAUACAAACUGGUAUGCGUCUGACAAGUGUUCAUUGUCACACCUGUGCAAUUCAUCGCUUGUGUCAGUUAUGCAUGCAACGACUUCACCACAGUCAGGCAAGUAAUGUCUACUUGUAGUAAUUAUGCAAUUUAUGCUGUAUUACAAGUAUGUAUCAUAUUCAUUGCUAUAUAUUUAAUAACUGAAGGUGCUUUUUUCUGUACUUUUGUAUAUGCAAGAUGCCUUAUUACCUUUUAAUAGUAUGUAUGCAUUCAUCUGUCUCUCCGCCCAGUAAUAUAAUGUAGCAUUUUUUUUGUACUGGUGUAAGCUUUUUUUAAUUGAAUAAAUAUUUUCUAUAUUUAUGUGCCGUUUCGGAUUUUAUUCUGAUGAAACUAAAUGGUUCCCAGCUUUUUUCCUUUUCCUUGUGACCCUCUAAAACACAGUAAUGCCUGUUGGUGACCCCUCUUAACCAGUUGCAUUGUAUUUUUGCCAUCAUAACUUGAUAUUGCAGGAAUCUAGCAACCCCUCAUUUAUGUAGCUAAACAAAUCCCACUGAUUAAAAGACAUCACAGUAUGAUUGUAACAAAGGAAGUGUCCCUUUAUUGACAAGCUGAUAUUUGAUUGAUACAGGAAGAGCACAUUGUUGCAUGGGGUUGUGUCAUCAGACCUAAGCUGAAUGUACCGUACAUGUUCGCCUUUGUACAUGCAUCUAAAUUAAGCUGAAGACACUGAUGUCCAUUGUGACCAGAUCUUACCACUAAUGCUAAAUGAGUGUAUCUUAUCAAGCUAUGACUGCCAACAAUAUGGACCCUUCUUCAGUCAGUGAAGCAAUCAGUCUUGGUAGGAUGAUUAACAGGGUUCCUACGCAGGAUAGAAAAGUAUGGAGAUUGAUUUGAGUCAUUUCCAGGACAGGAUAAGAAUGGAAAAGAAAACUCUAUGAAAAAAUACUUGUGAUUCCAGUCUAUUGUCCUUAUUCUGUUCUAUAGAAUAUAAAAUUCACAAUUUCUAAAAAAUAAA